AUGUCGUCCUUUGAGAGCUGGCAGUCGCCGCUUUCGAGCCGCUAUGCGAGCAAGGAAAUGUCGUCGCUCUUCUCCAAUGCCACGCGCUUCGGCACUUGGCGUGAGCUGUGGCUGAACCUCGCCAUCGCUGAGAAGGAGCUCGGUCUCCCGAUCCCCGAUGAGGCCAUUGAGCAGAUGAAGGCGCAUCUCACUCUCGACGAGGAGCAGAUGAAGCUCGCGGCCGAGGAGGAGAAGCGUCGCCGCCACGAUGUCAUGGCGCACGUCCACGUCUUUGGCCAGGUGGCUCCGGCUGCUGCGGCCUUUAUUCACCUCGGCGCUACGUCGUGCUACGUCACGGACAAUGCCGACCUCAUCUUCUUGCGCCGUGGCCUGGACCUGCUCCUGCCCAAGCUUGCGCUGGUCAUCCAGCGCCUUGCGGCUUUUGCGGAAAAGUACCGCGACCUGCCGACGCUCGGCUUCACCCAUAUGCAGCCCGCGCAGCUGACGACGGUCGGUAAGCGUGCCACGCUCUGGAUCCAGGAGCUCCUCUGGGACCUGCGCAACAUCCAGCGUGCGCGCGACGACCUCGGCUUCCGUGGCGUGAAGGGCACGACCGGUACGCAGGCCAGUUUCCUGCAGCUCUUUGACGGCGACCACGACAAGGUCGAAGCGCUCGACGAGCGUGUCACGAGCCUGUUCGACUUCCCGUACGCCAUGCCGGUCACGGGCCAGACCUACUCGCGCAAGAUCGACAUUGAUGUACUCUCUACCCUCGCCUCCUUCUCGGCCUCGGCGCUGAAGAUGGCCACGGACAUCCGCCUGCUCUGCCACCUUAAGGAGAUCGAAGAGCCUUUUGAGAAGGACCAGAUCGGCUCGAGCGCGAUGGCGUACAAGCGCAACCCCAUGCGCAGCGAGCGCGUGUGUGGCCUUGCCCGCUGGCUCGGCAACACGCUCAGCUCCGCCCGCGAGACCGCCGGUGGCCAGUGGAUGGAGCGCACGCUCGACGACAGUGCGAACCGCCGCCUGUCGAUCCCCGAGGCCUUCCUCACGGCCGACGUGAUCCUCACGCUCCUUCAGAACAUCUCCGAGGGCCUCGUCGUGUACCCCGCGAUCAUCAACCGCCACAUCCAGGCGGAGCUGCCGUUCAUGGCCACCGAGAACGUGAUCAUGGCGAUGGUCCGUGCGGGCGGCGACCGCCAGGAGUGCCACGAACAGAUCCGCGUGCUUUCCCACCAGGCCGCGCGCGUGGUGAAGGAGGAGGGCGGCGAGAAUGACCUGAUCGAGCGCAUCCGCAAGGAGCCCUACUUUGCGCCGGUCGCGCCGCGCCUCGACGAGCUGCUCGACCCCUCGAGCUUUGUGGGCCGUGCGCCCCAGCAGGUGGACAGCUUCCUGGCCAAGUGGGUCCAGCCCGCGCUCAAGCCGUACGAGGCGUCGCUCCAGUCGGCGGGCAAGGCUGAGCUCAGCGUAUAG